AUGGUCGUUUUUUUAUUUUAUUUUAUUUUUUUUGGUGAGGUUUUUUUUUUUACUUUUCUUGUCGAUGUUAAGUUAGAAGAAGAGGAGAAGAAGAAGAAGAAGAAGAAGAAAAGACUGCUUUUUUAA